UAGGUUACUUCACAAAGAAAGAAAAACUAAUUUCUGGUUGAAAAUGAAGAUAUGUGGACCUAAAUAUGCCCUAUGUGGCUUGAUAUUAUCCGUCUGGGGUAUAUUUCAAUUAGUCCUGAUGGGAAUAUUCUUCUAUGUGAAAAGUGUAGCUUUAGUAGAAGAUCUUCCAUUGGAAGGAAAUUUCAAGAAUAUUAAGGAUUUCUAUACACAAGCAGACAGAGGCUACACACAAAAUGCAUAUAAUUGUUGGAUAGCAGCUUGUAUUUAUGUUCUAACAUUCCUGUUCUCAGGACAUCAAUUUUAUAUAAAUUCAAGAUCAUCGCUUAGUGUUUAA